CGGCAUACAAUUGAUUUGGAGUUUCGCUGCUGUAAAGAAGUAAUGUGACUUCGGGGAGUCGCGUCAGAGAACUGCAUACAACGCACACGAUAGGACGUACUUGCUCGUCAUUAGAGAAGGCUAAUAAAUAUGCCUGGGCUUCUGCGAACCAUCAUUUUCGGUGCUGUACCCGUCCUGCGGGGACACACUGUUUGUCAGAGGGCAAAUGUCUACACUAGACCUGCCAAGGAAAAGAUAGGCACUGUGGAAACCCUCAUCGGAUUGGGUUUGUUCUCCAUGGCUAUCCUGGGACCAUCUGGAUGGAUCCUGGCUCACCUGGAGGACUACAAGAAGAAAGAGUAAAAUGGGGAUUCAAACAGUUGGCCUGGUGUUCCCGGUCUCUUGAUGGAACCAUCACCAACUUCCAUGCAAGCAGCCAGUUUUCAAGCUUGUCUGAAUCGCUUGACAACUCUAUGCUGAAGUUAUGGACAAAAAUUGUUCCACAACUAACCAUUAUACAUGUAGUUUUGUGCAUAUUUUAUUCAAUGUGCAACAUUAAAAUUUAAAACCAAAUAUCUUU